AUGGCUGGCGUCACCAACUUCAACCCAGAAAAUGACAUUCCGUCAUUAGCUGGCAAAGUCAUUUUCGUCACAGGAGGCACCAACGGCUUGGGCCGUGAGUCUAUCCUCGCGUUUGCCAAGCACUCGCCUGCCCACAUCUACUUUACCGGCCGCGACUCCAAGGCUGCUGCCUCACUCGCUGCCGCUCUCGCGCCCUCCGGUGUUCCCUCGACCUUCCUCGAGCUUGACAUGGCUUCGCUUCCUACCGUCAAGGCCGCUGUCCAGCGCUUUUCCCACGGCCGCCUUGACAUCCUGAUGUGCAAUGCUGGUAUCAUGGCCAAGCCACCGUCCUUGACCAAGGACGGUUACGAGCUGCAGUUUGGUGUUAACCACAUGGCGCACGGGGCUAUCAUUCAGGGCCUGCUACCUGUUCUUCAGAAAACUGCGGACGAGCCAGGGUCCGACGUGCGCGUCGUCUGUCUAACAUCAACGGGUUGGCGGGCACACCCAAAAGCCGGCGUAGACUUUAACCAGGUGCGCACGACCAUGGACAGCAUUAUGGGAUCGUGGGGGAAGCUUGCCAAUAUUGUUUACGCCCGUGAACUCGCCAAGCGCCAUCCCAACAUCACCGCCGUGUCGAUCCACCCGGGUGUCGUGGAGACGACUCUUGUCACGGAGCUCUCUUAUCCACGAAAGAAGUUUGUCUAUAUCGCCAACAGCAUCCUCGGCGAUCCUAUCGUUCGCCCUGAGGAGGGCUGCUACAAUCAGGUGUGGGCAGCCGCGGCAGCCAAGAAAAGCGAGCUUGUCAACGGCGCCGUGUACUACCCGGUUGGCAAGAUGAGCAACGGGAAUCUUGACAAGGUGGCACAGGACCCGAAACUGGCCGAAAAGCUGUGGGACUGGACCAACGAGGAGCUGGCGAAGAUAUAA